AGAUGCCAUCACCUUCAUCUCUACUGGGCUCCCUGCUCCUAGUGUGCGCCGUUUUGACCAUCACUUCCCGAGCCUCCUCAAUAAUGACAGAUGACGUCGAGCCGCCACAGCUUCUGACACGUCAGCUAAGGAGUUUCCCUUACUCGGUAUCGUUCUAUCGAAUGUUAGGACACGAUCGUCAGUUGAGACCCUACUAUGGGGUUAAUGAUGAGGUAGCUGCUCUGAUUGACUCUAUGAACAGCGAUAACGUGGCAAAUGAAGACGUGUUCCCAACGAGACCAAGAAGGAGUGACGGCUUGAGAGGUUCGUUUUACUGGGCAAGGAUACGCCUGCCGCUUCAAAUUCUGUAGAAUAUACGACGCUUGAUGGUGACGACUUACUAUUCUCAAUCAUCAGUUCCCUCCUUGUUUCUGCAGUGUUUUCCAACUCUCUUUUUUUUAAACAAAUGUCAGUUCGCCCCCGUCUUCCCCCGUAAAAUUUAUAAUUCUAAGCAUUAUCGAAAUAAAUAUCCAAGAAUUGUUUAUGGAUUCGGAUUCAU